AUGGCGACCAUCACAGCCUCACCACCUGCAAUGUCUCCCCCGAUGGCCGCGGCCACCACCUCUCCUCCCAGUCUCCCUCCUUUAAUCACUACCACCCCAACUGCGCGGCGGCCGAGUUCGCAAAGACCAACUUCAUAUGCUGAGAGACGGAUGUCGUCCUUUUCCACGAAUUCAAAAGGUUCCUACCUUCCGCAGUCCCGGCCGACGUCCUAUGUCUUUCCCGCCUUCCACUCGAGCCUACCAUAUACCCUCGUCCGAGACUUUGCGUACCUGACGACGCACCCUUUACACUACGGUCCUCCUCCCAAUCAGUCAGGUCUCUCCACACCGGCGAGCGAGUCGAGGAGACUGUCGGAUCCAGCUGUCUCAUCAUGGGACGAGUCCAGAGGUCAAUGGUCGGCAACCCCGCCCUGGAUUUCAGAGACAAACGCCAGCGGUUUUAGUCGAGAUCGAUUACCUGCAAUGACUUUCAAAGACGAUGGACCGCCAUAUAGCGAGGAUGAAGAUAUUCAAUCCCCCAUCGUUACCACCAGCAGGCACAAAAAGCAUAAAUCCAAUGAGCGAGGGAGAUCGCCGGGAGCAGCUGGCCCCAAUCGUGGUGUCGUGGUUAGCGCAGCUGGUCAUCCAGAGGAAGCAGACGGGCCGGGCGAAGCUGUUGAGACCUAUGACAGCAACACACUGAGAUUCCCGUACGAGCCUCAACACCGAGAUUCCAACUUUGCCAAGCCGCUGCAGCGCAAUCUGUCCCCUUAUGAGGAUGAAGGCCCCGUGUCUGAAGACGAGUACUCGGACGCCGAAGACGAUGCCCGAUUCUCAAAAGACUAUUCCUUCACCAUUGCCAGUCCCGACGAGGAAAUGCACGGCAAGGCUGUUGCACUCUUUGAUUUUGAAAGCGAGCAUCAAAACGAAUUGCCCUUGAAAGAAGGGCAGAUAAUCCUGGUGUCAUAUCGACACGGUCAAGGCUGGCUGGUGGCCGAAGACCCCAGGACAGGGGAGAGCGGACUCGUGCCCGAAGAAUUCGUACGCCUGGUUAGGGACAUUGAGGGCGGUCUCCGCGGGCUGCACGCCGUGACUCUAGACGGUGAUGGGAACAUGGACAGUAUCAUCAGUCCUGUGUCAACGGAUCCCAGCUCAAUCAAUACGCCAGUACCGAACAAUCAUGAUUUUCCUCCUCAGCAGCAACACAAGUCCAGCAGUAAUGGCGGUACAUAUGGCGAAAAGCAUCCUCCAAUCCAGUCGAACUUUAGUACCAGCAGUCGCGAUUUCAGCCCAUAUCCCUUGCCCACCAAGGGCGAUGAUAACUCGGCAAAGGAGAGGGAAAAGGAACGAGAAAAGUCGACCGACAUAAGCUAG